AUGGAGAACUUCCAAACCACUUUCAACUCCAACACCGCAUCAGCAAAUGAAGCAUUGAAGAGUGUGGGCUCUCUUUUCAAAACUGAGAAGACCAAACUGCAAGAGAUUUGCACUGGUCUGAAAACUGUCCAUGAAUCAUUUCAAGCCACUAUCUCCUCUCAGAUUUCACAGCUUAAAGACGAACUGAUAAAGGAGAUUAACCUGAAGGACUCUCUCGCACUCAAGUCAGAAGAAACAAAGGUGUUAAGUACCAAACUGGAAGCUUCGGAGAAGCAGGAGAUUGGGGAGAUGGAUGUUGAGGUUGCUGCUGUGCUGUGA